AACCUGUAAUUAUAAAAUCAAAAGGCAGCUUUAAUUAUUAUAUUAACAAUGCAUUGUUUGCUUUAAUUAUUUGAAAUUAGUACAUAAAAGCGUAUGUCAAAAUGCAAAAUGUCAGAUAUCAUGUAUGCCGAACUUGUAACGUUGCACAAUAUUUUGUUUACGAUAAUAUUUUCCGUAUAUACUUUAAUAAUAUGCCAUAUCGUAAAAAAUAUGAGUUGGAAGCGAUCAAGGUAUAAAUGAUCAAAUUACAAGGAGUGAAAAGUACACAGUAAAAAGCUUAAAAAUAAACGAGAGAAUGUCGACAAAAAGUUCUGACAUAAAGACUAGUUAUUCUGCGGCUCUUCUAAAUGUGGCAGUAGCCGGUUCUUCACUUUGGGCUCUGAGAAUAGUCGAUCCAGAAGAGUUGUAUUUUGCACUGACAGCUUUUGGAAUUGUAUUGGCUAAUUCUUUAUGUGGAAUUUUUAGAUAUGGUCAUCCGGAGUUUAUGGAUAACUUUAAAAAAGUUCAUGCAGCAUCUGUGUUUGUAAUGGACACAUUUCCUGUUCCAUUAAUUGUAACAGAGCUGUACUUGCAAGAAGGUUUUAGGCCAGAGCUAUGUUAUUUGCAUUUAUUAAGUGCUUUUAUACCAACAAUAGCUUAUACAGUAGGAAUGGAGGACGAUGAUGACAAAAUACAAGAUCUGGUUAUUGUUGGUAAUCUGGCAUCGUUGACUCAUUUAUCAUAUAUAACUGAUAACCAUUGGGGUACAGCACUUGGUGUUUCAUGUAUAUUGAAUUAUUUUGGAUGUUGUGUUUUCAGCGGAAGAUCUGUACCUUAUCUGCAAAUGUAUUACAUUGGAUACUGCUUUUUUAACUAUUUUGCAAUAAGAGCCCUUUUUGAAUAAGUGUGAUUUUUGAA